AAAAAAAAAAGUCUCCUUAGCGUAUGUGCGCAUUGCCGUUUCCUUGACCUUCGCUCCUUACCUUGUCACUCCCCGGUAAGAUGGGAUCACAUUCACUACCCUCCGCGUCAGCGGCUGAUGCUGUUGCGAAGCUGGCAGCAGCGGAAGCUUUGAAAUCAACUGCCGCCUUUGCCGCCUCUGCCCCUGGCAGUAGCACAGAGACAGCUUUGGGAACCGCACAAGGUGCGAGUGCAGCCGGGGACGCUGGUCCGGUCACUGCGGUGCCCUCCUCAGAUACCCCAUCGGUAGCGGUGGACCCAGAAGCUGAGGCGGAGGCCUACGAGCGUGCCAACGUUCACAACGUGUACGAGGCUAUUGCACCGCACUUUUCGGCCACGCGGUACAAGCCCUGGCCUGCCGUGGCCCAGUUCCUGCAUGCCCAGCAACCUGGAUACGUAGGUCUCGAUGUGGGCUGUGGCAAUGGCAAGUACCUGGGUGUCAACAAGAACGUCUUCAUGGUGGGCUCGGAUCGGAGUGCCAAUCUUGUUGCUCAUGCCAACGAGCUGGCGAACGACGUGCUUGUGGCCGAUGGGCUAUCGCUGCCCUUCCGUGAAGGCCGAGCUGACUUUGCUAUCUGCAUCGCCGUCAUCCACCACAUGUCCACCCGGACUAGACGACAGGAGGCCAUUCGACAGCUCCUGAAAUGCGUCAGACCCAGCGGCCAAGUCAUGGUAUAUGUCUGGGCAUUGGAGCAGGGCGAAAGUCGUCGUGGAUGGGACGAGGGCGGAGAGCAGGAUCUGUUGGUCCCUUGGGUGCUGAAGAGUCAACAACCCAAACCCAAGAAGGAAAAGCAGCCCAAGGCUUCGAAGCAGAAGCAAAAGUGGCCGCAGCAGCAGCAGCAACAGACGCAUGAGCAGGCGAAUACGCCAAUGCAGCAGCAGAAUCAUGAUAGCACCGAGCCACAGGAAGCUAUCACCGCAAAAAGUGUUGGGGAAAAGGAGGCGACCCCAACAUCAUCAUCAAUAUUAUCACCAUCGUCCGUCCCCAAAGACGCUAGCAUGACGAUCGGCGGCGGCACGGGGGCGGGCGUAACCGAACCUGCAAGCGCAGCCGCAGCCGCGGUGGCAGGCCCUGAUGCCAAGACCGACACCGGGGAUGCCGCCGCCAACGCCGACGCAGUCUUCCAGCGCUACUACCACCUUUACCGUAACGGUGAGUUGGAAGAGGAUGUGUUGGCAGCGCGAGGCGCAGUCGUUAUGAGCGGAUAUGAGCGCGACAACUGGUGGGUUGUGGCUACCCACGCUACCAAUGACGAUACAUUGCAGGACUAGUCAUGUGUUUUGUCGACUCAGGACUGUCAAACAGAAUUAGAAUCACCGACUUGAAUUGUUAAAGGCAAUGAGCCGAUCUCCCUACCAGAGAAAGAAUAGAAAUU